ACUCACACUUUCCUUCUGAGCACUUUCCAUAUAUAUAUAUUAUAAUUCUCUUUGACUCACACUUAUUACACAUUAUUUGUCUUUGACCAUCUUUGACACUCAUAAAUUAUUGACAUUCGAAUUUUAAUUCAUUUCUCUGUUCAAAUUUCUCGAUUUUCAAUUCUUUUUUGGAGCAGUUUGUUGGGUCAAGUUUUUUUAGUUUAUUUCUGAAUUAUUUACAGUAUAAUUUUACAGAUUCAUCUUCAAGAAUGGACCCUAUUGCAAUUUUACAAAGCAGAAUUGAACAAUUGGAAGCGAAACUGGGAUUUUCAACCAAUUCGACCGUAGAUGGUCAGCAAGGCGAUUCCGCUACAGUUAAUCUAUUGAAUACAGCACAGACCAUCAGUAACGCGACUGCCGGACACGAGAAACUAAAUGAAGCUAUGCAAAUGGCAACCGAAUUAAACAAUUAUGCUGAUCCAAAUUUUAUUGAAAAUAUGCAACAGAAUGAUAUUAAUAAAAGGGAGGUGGUUGCAGCAGAACCUGUCAUAAGACAUCACUGCCAGUGUAUGCACCAUUGUAAACAGGCAGCACCUGUCCUGGAGUCGGAGGCGCUACAACAAGCAGUAGAGAUGCAAGGCACUGUGGAUAAUAUGCACAAGGCUGCUGCAGUUGUGAAAGCUGAGGCCGAUAUGGUAUCUCACGGGAUACAACAGUUAGCUGAGACAUGUGGCACUGCUGCAUUAGACGCCUCGGAACAGCUUGCCGCGGUUGCACAAAAGGUAGAGCAAGUUGAGCAGAAGAUAUUCCCUAAGAGGCGAAAUGGACUUGACUAAACAAAACUCUUAGAUAAAAAUUAUUAUUUUGGCUGGAACCUUUUUUAUUAUUAAUCAAUUGCGUUUAUUUAUUUUAAAAAAAUUAAAAGUAUAAUUUUGUUCA